UUAUCUCUCUAUAAAAGACAGAUCGGCUAUCUCCUCCUGUCAUUGUAGCAACGUCUGCCAUGAUUCCUACCUGGUCUUUAGCGUUCCUGCUGCCAACGGCCCUAGCGUCGAUGUACGGUGAUCCCCACUGUUCGAGUGGUAGGAGUGCCAUCACCCACCUGUUCGAGUGGACGUGGUCGGACAUUGCGAAAGAGUGUGAGAGGUUCCUUGGACCAUAUGGCUACUGUGGCGUUCAGAUAUCUCCUCCCAAUGAGAACCGUGUAGUCACUAACCCGAGACGGCCAUGGUGGGAGAGGUACCAGCCUGUCAGCUACAAACUUCAGACGAGGAGCGGCUCAGAGCAGGACCUGAGGGACAUGGUGUCCAGGUGCAACAAGGCCGGAGUCAGAAUAUAUGCGGACACUGUGAUCAAUCACAUGACCGGUGUUGGAGGUACGGGUCAAGGCACUGCUGGAUCGUCGUACGACGCCAACCAGCUGAAGUACCCAGGCGUUCCAUUCGGCCCAACCGACUUCAACGACAACUCCAACUGCCACACAGGCGACAUGCAAAUUCAUAACUACAAUAACCCGGAAGAGGUGAGGAACUGCCGGUUGGUCGGGUUGGCGGAUCUGAAAGCCGGCAAGGAUUACGUGAGGAGCGAGAUUGAGGGUUACCUUAACCACCUGGUCGACAUUGGAAUUGCUGGAUUCAGAGUCGACGCUGCCAAACAUAUGUGGCCAGGGGACCUGACUGCUAUAUUCGGGAGUGUAAAGAAUCUCCGUUCUGACGUGUUUGGGGGUGGCAAGAAGCCUUUCGUCUUCCAGGAGGUAAUCGACAUGGGUGGUGAGCCGAUCAAGGGAGACCAGUACCUUGGCAGUGGCAGGGUCACCAACUUCAUUUUUGGUGCCAAGUUGGCUCAAGUCUUCAGGAAGCAAAACGCCAUGAAGUAUUUAGCCAACUGGGGAUCAGCUUGGGGCAUGUUGAAAUCCGACGAUUCUGUCGUCUUCAUCGAUAACCAUGACAAUCAGCGUGGUCAUGGCGGCGGCGGAGGUGUUCUCACCCACUUUGAGCCCCGUCCUUAUAAGCUGGCUACAGCCUUCAUGCUGGCCCAUCCAUAUGGUUUCCCCAGGGUGAUGAGCUCAUAUGACUUCAACCAAGCCAACACUGACCAAGGACCCCCUCAGAACGGCGACAUGAGUACUAAGCCGGUAACCAUCAAUGGUAUGGUCUGUGGUAACGGCUGGACGUGUGAGCACCGAUGGCGCCAGAUGUACAACAUGGUUGCCUUCAGGAACAUCGCGGGUUACUCCGGGUUAUCAAAUUGGUGGUCAGGCUCAGACUAUCAGAUAGCAUUUUCCAGAGGAAACAAGGCCUUUAUUGCCUUCAACCUUGAGGGAUAUGACCUUUCCAAAUCUCUUAACACUGGACUUCCGUCUGGAAGCUAUUGCGAUGUUAUUUCUGGCAACCUCGAGAACGGCGGUUGUACUGGCAAGACAAUUGACGUUGACGGAAGUGGCCACGCUUCGAUUCAUAUCAGCAGCUCCGAUAAAGAUCCAAUGGUGGCCAUCCAUGUCGGUGCGAAAAAGGGUUCGUCACCAAAGCGCGUUGGUUAGGAGCUGUAAAUUGGUCAGGAGCUGUAAUCUUACAUUGAGACGUGCGAAUGUGAAUAAACUGUUAUUUCAUA